UAAUGUAUUUAUUUUUUCUCAUGUAAGGAUAGAUGGUAUUAGUGCUUUUACUUGGACUACUUAUAAUUUGUGUAUAUUUUUACGUCUUCCCUCCAGCCUCAAACAUGUGGAUAUUUUCUUGGCUUUGUGUUCUAAUUAUUUUGGCUGUGGCUGAUGUGGACACAGUAGCAAAGACCACACUGUACACCAAAUUUACAAAGAAAUCUGACGGGAAAGAGAUGCUGAAGGGCCUCAAGCCAUCCAAUGGCUUCCCUCUGGAUGAAGAAGAAACCCUCCUUACAGAAAUGGCUGCCGUGGCAGAGCCCACCACCGGCCCCUCGCCCUCAGCCACGGCAGAGCCCACCACUGACCCCUCUGCCCCUGCCAGUCUCUUUCCAUUUGAAAGUUUCUCUCUGGACACGGCUGGUUUCUUUGUGAACUGCUGCCAUUGUUGCUCAUUUGUCGCUGGGCAGAAAGGAGAACCUGGAAAGUCGGGAGAACAAGGUCCUAAAGGAGAAACAGGUGACACUGGCAGCCCAGGGCACCCAGGAAUCAUUGGACCCCAAGGCUCCAAAGGCCAGAAAGGAGAGAAGGGACUAAAGGGAGAACGGGGGGACCAAGGAGCAGGUGGCAUUCCAGGAUACCCAGGAAAACCGGGAGAGCAAGGUGGACUUGGUCCCAAGGGAGAUAAAGGAAACAUCGGCCCGGCAGGAAUGAAAGGACAAAAAGGCUCCCAGGGGGACCUGUGUGGGAACUGCCCCAAAGGAGAGAAAGGGGAUCCUGGGGCCUCGGGUGCCCAUGGCUUCACUGGAGAGCCUGGGGCCAAGGGCGAGAAGGGGGGUGUUGGGGAGAAAGGUUAUCGUGGAGAGUCUGGGGAGAGGGGAGAGAAGGGCCAGAAAGGCGAGGCAGGGAUGGAGGGAGAGAAAGGUAGCCGAGGAGACGCUGGCGCAGAAGGCAGACGUGGCUCAGAUGGUCUGCCUGGACCCAGAGGUGGUCCUGGCCCUAAGGGAGAAAAGGGAGAUAUAGGUCCUCCUGGUCUUACCGGACCUGCGGGUCCGAAGGGGGAGCUUGGGAGCAAAGGGGCUCGAGGGCCCACUGGGAAGAAGGGCUCCCGGGGUGUCAAAGGCUCCAAAGGAGAGGCCACCCAAGUCACACAGUCGGCGUUUAGUGCUCUUUUGUCCAAGCCCUUUCCUGCCCCAAACGUCCCCAUCAAGUUUGACAAGAUUCUCUCCAAUGACCAAGGGGAUUAUAGCCCCAUCACUGGGAAAUUUAACUGUAGCGCUCCCGGGACAUACGUUUUUUCCUAUCAUGUCACUGUCAGGGGCCGACCUGCUCGAAUCAGUCUUGUGGCCCGCAACAGGAAGCAGUUCAAGUCCAGAGAGACGCUCUAUGGUCAGCAGGUGGACCAGGCCUCCCUGCUCCUCAUUCUGAAACUGAGUGCAGGAGAUCAAGUGUGGCUAGAAGUGUCAAAGGACUGGAACGGACUGUACGUUGGCCCUGAGGAUGACAGUAUCUUUAGUGGGUUCCUUCUGUACCCAGAGGAAACUCUUGAGAAGUUAACAUAAAUCCAGGUUUUGGACACUGCACUUUUGAUUUAGUCUAUAAAUCUUGAGCAGAGCUCUCAAAAAUUUUGAUUUUUUU